AUGCCGCCGACGCGCAUUCCGCGAUUUGCAGCGGUUCGCAAAAAAACACUCCCGAUACCUAGAUCUACUAGGAGCACGCAUGCGUCUGACUACGCUCUUCUACCGCCUGUACAGGCGUCCAUCUGCUUCCGUAGUAUUACGGCAGCUCCGCGGUUGCUCGCUCAAACUGACGUCUUUGCAGAGCGUGAAAUCAGCGCUGCAGUUAGCAUUCAAGAGCGAGGAUGCAGGGUUUUGCAGCGGCGCCUCGUUUAUGCACGGUACAGGGCGUUGCUGAUCGUCAAUCCGCACGCGUGGCAUGACUGCCACCAGGCCAAUCGUCCCCCUACGCUAUUUGCUCUCGAGUCAACCCUGCCGUGCAACAGCGACUGGGAAUCAGGAGUCGAAAGGAAUACGGCGCAGCCCCGUGACAGCUCUACUAGCAACUGCACGCCUUACAGGACGAUACCUGUCAAAUUCUACCUCUGCUUCGCGGCCCGGCUCAGGCUUGCAGCCGAGCUUCUGUGCGCACGGUGCCCUCUUAUGCGGUUGCUUACGCGACCCGCCGCGUACGCCACUCCAUGGAUAUUGCUCUACCACGCUGGUGGUGUCACACCAUUUACUAUGGACAGCUCGUCCGUAUACGGCGGAUAUAGUGAAAAUAUUGGGUCAAGCGGCGGUGUGCCGGCCAGCAAGUCCUGCGUGCAGGAGCGCGCAGUGCCCGUCUAG